CCUCGUCGGGUCCAUUACCUUUAUUUCCCGACUUGUGCCCUCUUUCCUUUUCAGAGUUCUUCUCCUCCUUCUUCCUCUUCCCCUUCCUUCCUACCCAAGCUCACAUCAUCCGGUGGUUCCUUCCUUUCAUUCCCCGUCCUAACCUUCCCUUGGACUCUGGAGCUGCCUUCCCGAACAGCCCGACAGCAGACCAAUCGCAGGCCUGCAUCGAUCGAGAAGAGAGGUCCAGACACCACUUUGACGCCACAGGUACCUCGUCACCUGCUUUUCGCCGUGGGGAUACUUGAGCUACCAAGUAACACACUCGAAAAAAAGUCACCUCACUUUUCAAGGUCCUUACCUCAUCACUGCGUCUACGUACUCCGUACCAACGCGCCUCACCUCAGUGCAACAGCUGCAGCACCCACCCGCACCAAUUUUACCUAAAAUCACGGUCCAAUCCCAUCGCGCGACAAGCCGAAAUCGACAAUUUGCCUUUUCCUCUUUCGCUCCCGCCAUCUCCAACAAAUCUCCCUCUCCAUCCUCCCGAGUUUCCAUCCUCCUCAGCACUCACACUCACUCCUUGCAGUUGCGGCCCCUUGCAGCUGUUACAAAUUCUGCGAGACUUGCUCGGUUCACCACCUUUUGCCGUCUGCAUCUUCUGCUUCUCAACGGGAAACCCCAUUCUUCAGAUUUGCACCAGACCUGGAACUCUCGCCCUGAGCCACUGCAGAGCCACGACCUCUUAAUUGCAUCCUCGUUGCUCUCCUGCGCCCCCCUAACCCCCUUUUCGCUUUCGCCUCCUCAACUUCUUGCUUUCUCACAACUUGCUCAAUCGCAAAAGCAAAAGAAGUCGCCAAAGAGAAAAAGAUUUCCUCGGACCUACACGACUGUAUCUCCAACCUCCAACUUUCGGUCACUUAAGCCCCAGUUGCUUACAGCCUUUCUUGGUGAGUGCUUGACCGUUAAUUCAUCAUCAUCAUCAUCAUCAUCACCUUUCCUCCAAAAACAACCCAAUCCGAGGACUCCGGCGCCUCGAUAGCCUCUGUGGCUCCCCCAAGCGUCUUGUUAGCGCUUCCUCUGUGUCUUGUUUCGUGCUUCCAUCAAACCGCCGCAAGAGGUCGGAGGUGAGCCCUUGGCUAUUCGCACUUCUAGCGCGCCCAUUUUAGUGGUCGCCUAUUCUGUCUCUGCGACCGCGGGUGCGCCACUGACACUCUGACCGACAAUUUCCCUAAUUCUCAAACCACCAACCAUUUUUGUUAUCUCUUCCACAACAUCCGGGCCUCCCGUCAGACUUGCAUUUCGUGCUGACCGAUCGUCUUUCUUCUUCACAGCGCAUCAAUCCUCGGUUUCGUCAAGGAAAACAGCUUCGUCCUCGUUCUCUCCCUCAAUUCGGUCUUUUCCUGCUCCAUUGCAGACUUCGAAUACCCCUAUUCCAAUCGCCAUUGAGUCGACCAUAGACAGCCACGCGCUUCUCAGCAAUGCCCCGUAGAAUUGCGAAUCCCUUCUCCAACGCUCAUUCACCCGCCAUGCCGCUCUCCGAGAAGGAAAGGAGACCUUCUCGUUCCGGCAAUCGCAUCACCAACUUCUUCACCUCCCCCAAGGGCGCCAAGGACAAGGACCACCAGACCGCCCAGCAAGCUCUCCUCGCCAUGCAGCAGCAAAACAUCUCGUCCACCCAAAUCACCCCUUCCACCAUCUCCCUGCCUACAAUUUCGCUCUCAACUGCCACCGCUGGCGAGCCCGACACCACUGACCCCCCUACGACCCUCUUUUCGCCUCCCUCAGCCGUCGAGACGGAGAAGAAGAGGCGCUUCGACGCUCAAUUCGGCCCCCUCCUUCACCCUACCCACCGAUACGUGAGCAAGUCCAACGAUGGCAAGCCUUUGGACCCGCCCAUCAUCGAUGAGCCGCCCUACUACUACAUCCUCACCACCUACAUCAGCUACCUGCUUCUCAUUCUCUUCGGCCACGCCCGCGACUUUUUUGGCAAGCGCUUCGGCGACAAGAAGCAUUACCAGGCUCUCAAGCCCCAAAAUGGAUACGCUCCCUUGAACGAGGACUUUGACAACUUUUACGUUCGUCGUCUGAAGAUGCGCAUUGACGACUGCUUCGCACGACCCAUCACCGGCGUUCCCGGCCGCUACAUUACCCUCAUGGAUCGCGAGUCUAGAGACUACAACAGAACCUACAACUACACUGGCACACACACCGAGACAUUGAACAUGAGCUCCUACAACUACCUUGGUUUCGCGCAGUCGGAGGGCCCUUGUGCCGAUGCUGUUGAGGAAUGCGUCAAGAGAUACUCUCUCAGCACUUGCAGCCCCCGCGCUGAUGUCGGUACUUCGGACUUGGCUCUCGAGGUCGAGAAGGAAAUCGCCAGCUUCGUCGGCAAGCCCGCUUCCAUGGUCUUCUCUAUGGGUUUCGUCACCAACGCUAGCUCGUUCCCCGCCCUCGUCUCCAAGGGUUGCCUCAUUCUCUCUGACGAGCUCAACCACGCUUCCAUCAGAGUCGGUGCUCGCCUCUCCGGUGCGGUCAUCUCAUCCUUCAAGCACAACGAUGUCGUCGAUCUCGAGCGCAAGCUUCGUGAGGCCAUCUCCCAGGGUCAGCCCCGCACCCACCGCCCUUGGAAGAAGAUCCUGGUUGCCGUCGAAGGUCUGUACUCUAUGGAGGGCACCAUGUGCGAUCUCCCCGGUGUCAUGGCAUUGAAGGACAAGUACAAGUUCUACCUCUUCAUCGAUGAGGCCCACAGCAUUGGCGCCGUCGGACCCCGUGGCCGUGGUGUCUGCGACUAUUACGGUAUCGACCCCGCCCGCGUCGAUAUUCUCAUGGGCACUCUUACCAAGUCUUUCGGUGCCAACGGUGGCUACGUCGCCGCUGACAAGAGCAUCAUCGACAAGCUCCGUAGCUCCAACGCCGCGACCACUCUUGGCGAGUCGCCUGCUCCUUCCGUCCUCAUGCAAAUUCUGGCCUCUCUCCGUUUGAUCACCGGCGAGCUUUGCCCCGGCCAAGGUGCUGAGCGCCUGGAACGUAUUGCCUUCAACUCUCGCUACCUCCGUCUUGGUCUCAAGCGCCUCGGUCUCAUCGUUUACGGUCACGAUGAUUCCCCCAUUAUCCCCGUCAUGCUCUACAACCCCGGAAAGAUGCCUGCCUUCAGUCACGCCAUGCUCAAGCGCAAGAUUUCCGUCGUUAUUGUCGGCUACCCCGCAACGCCUCUUAUUAGCUCGCGUGUCCGAUUCUGCGUCUCCUCAGCCCACAACAAGGAGGAUCUUGACAGACUUCUGGCUGCCGUUGACGAGGUUGCCGAUCAACUCCAGAUCAGAUUCUCUACUGGUAUUGCUGGCGGCCAGGAGCCUCUUCCCGAAGGCAUUACUCCCGAGACGGAAGCUGAGUGGCGCAAGGCGAACGGCACGGAGGGCAUGUACAAGGCUCCCCGCUGGAAGCUCGAGGAUGUCAUCGCUCGUGGAGUCCAGGAUGCCAAGAUGCGCCUUCGGUAAAGCAAGAGUCGUUCCAAGUUGGAGUUAGCAAAGAAAAGAUUCACGACUGUUCGGACCAUUGGGUCUGGCCUUUGACGAGACGCGGACUGGACGGAACGAUGAGACGACGUCUGGGGUGGAAGAGGGAGUUUGGUGCCCUGUGUUCAAUUCUGCCGGCUUCGACUUGUUUGCAUGAUACCUGUGAUAUCAACUGUCGAGUGUCUAUUAUACCUUGAUUGGGGAGCCUGCAUGGCCUUGGCGUUUUUGGGAGUAAUGAUCGGAACAGCGAACGAAUUCAUGUGCCACGGCACCGUACCAACAUAACUAGUAGUAUUAGGCUCACAAGAGCUGAACAAUAUAGACGACAACUAAGGUACCUUAGAGUAAUGCACAUAUCCUUCAUUGGAC